AUGGGCUCCAUCGGUGCAGCAAGCUCGGAAUUUUGUUUUGAUAUAUUCAAGGAGCUGAAAGUCCAGCAUGUCAAUGAGAACAUCUUCUACUCCCCCCUGAGCAUCAUUUCAGCUCUGUCCAUGGUCUACCUAGGGGCAAGAGAAAACACCAGGGCUCAGAUAGAUAAGGUUGUUCCCUUUGAUAAAAUCACAGCAUCUGGAGAGAGUAUUGAAUCUCAGGUACAGAAGAUUCAGUGCAGCACAUCUGUAAGCGUCCACACUUCACUUAAAGACAUAUUCACCCAAAUCACCAAAUCAAGUGACAAUCAUUCACUCAGCUUUGCCAGUAGACUUUAUGCUGAAGAGACAUACCCAAUCCUACCGGAAUACUUACAAUGUGUGAAGGAACUUUAUGAAGGAGGCUUGGAAACGAUCAGCUUUCAAACGGCUGCAGAUCAAGCCAGAGAGCUCAUCAAUUCCUGGAUUGAAAGUCAGACAAAUGGAAUGAUCAAAAACAUCCUUCAGCCGGGCUCUGUGGAUCCCCAGACUGAAAUGGUCCUUGUUAACGCCAUUUACUUCAAAGGAAUGUGGGAGAAAGCAUUUAAGGAUGAAGACACCCAGGCAGUGCCUUUCAGAAUGACUGAGCAAGAAAGCAAACCUGUGCAGGUGAUGCAUCAGAUUGGUUCAUUUAAAGUGGCAGUGUUGGCUUCUGAGAAAAUUAAGAUUCUGGAGCUUCCGUAUGCCAGUGGAGAGCUGAGCAUGUUGGUGCUGUUGCCUGAUGAUGUCUCUGGCCUGGAGCAGCUUGAGACUGCAAUCACCUUUGAAAAACUCAUGGAGUGGACCAGUCCUAAUAUCAUGGAAGAGAGGAAAAUUAAAGUCUUCCUCCCCCGCAUGAAGAUUGAGGAAAAAUAUAACCUCACAUCUGUCUUAAUGGCUUUGGGUAUAACCGACUUGUUCAGUCCUUUGGCCAAUCUGUCUGGCAUCUCUUCAGCAGAGAGCCUGAAGAUGUCUGAAGCCAUACAUGAGGCAUUUGUGGAAAUCUCUGAAGCAGGAAGUGAGGUGAUAGGCUCAACAGAAGCUGAGGUGGAGGUUACAAAUGACCCUGAAGAGUUUAGGGCUGACCACCCUUUCCUCUUCUUGAUCAAGCACAACCCAACCAACAGCAUCCUCUUCUUUGGCAGAUGCUUUUCCCCUUAA